AUGGUAGUGCACCUCGCCGUCGAACUUCUUGUCGAUCUCCUCCAGCGUCAGGCCCUUGACCUCAACAAACGUCCACCAGAUAAUCACCGCCUGCGCAAAGUUGUACACGCCGUUGAUCAUGUAGUAUUUCCACGAGAUGUGGUCGAGCGCGAUCGGAAUCACGUACUGGUUGAAGAAGCCGAACCCGAACGUGACGACCUGCGAGAACGCCAUGCCCUUGGUCCGGAUACUGUAGUUGACGAUUUCGACCGGAUACGACACGCACAGCGGCGUGUAGCUGAAGGAGUAGGUGCCGCUGAACAGGAACACCAUGAAGAUCAGCGCGUUGGUGGCGUUGACGUUGGUUCCGUCCGCGUAGUAUUUCUGGACGGCUCCCAUGAUGAACAGACACACGCCCAUGAGCAGCGUGGACCACAGCAGAAUGAACACACGGCCAAGCCCCUCGGUCAGAUACGAGCCGGCGGACGCGAAGAACAGGUUCGAGACCUGCAGACCCAGGUUCAGCACGAUCUGCCGUCUCGUCGACGUGUAGCCGGCGUUCUCCAGGAACAGGCCCAGGUAGGUGCCCACGAUGUUGCUUCCGGUCAGCUGCGAGGCCACGCCCAUCCAGAAAAUGAUCCACAGUCUCCAGCGGUUGCCCCUGGUCUGCAGCAUGGCCUUCCAGCCGAUCCGGUUCUCCUUCUCGUAGUGCAGGACCUGCUUGAUUUCCUCAAACUCGAGGGCCACGAGCGGCCUGGCCAUGUAGAGGCCGGCAAAGAAGCCGCGGUGCUGCGGUUUGACCAUCUCGGCAACGUACGUGGGGGCGCUCACCGCGUUGAUGGUGACGGCCACGCCGAUGAUGAUCCGGCCGACGAUGAACAUGGCCCUGUUGCGGGCGCCGGUCUGCAGGCCGACGCCCAGAAACGUCAGCACCGCAGCGAUAAACAUGCCUCCCUUGCGCCCGACGCGGCGAAUAUCGAUCAGCUGCGCAGCGAAAAAACCCCCGACAACAGACCCGAUGUUGAUGGCGGCCGAGAAAAGCCCCUCCAUGCUCGAGUCCAGGUCGAAGAAGUCCAGGUACUGGUCGAUCAUGUUGAGGUUGGUCAUCAUGCUCUGGUCCACGCCCAUGGUGCAGCCGUUGAUGAUGGCGCACGACAGUGCAAUGGCCAUAAGCUUGGCACUAUUGACGCUCUUGGUGCCUAUUAUCUUUGA